CCGGCGGCUGCGAUCCGUGUCUGCGCCUCCAGCCGGGCGCCGAGGGGCCCCGGGGCGGCGGCAGGCGGCGGGUCUCCGAGUCCCUGAGCCGGAUGGUGAGCGCGGCGCGGGGCCCGACCUGGGUGGAGGCCGCUUCCUUCCCCUGCGCCAUCUCCCCGCCCCGCCACCGCGCCCCUGUAGUCCGCCGAGCGGGCCUGGGGCGCGGGCGGCCGCCGAGGGCCGGGGGCGGGACUUUUCUGGUUGCGCGGCAUCCGUUCCCGGCCCUUCUCGGGUCUGGGGGCGGCCUCUCUGCGGGGCACUCGUCCUUUGAGCCGGUUUCUGGGUCAUCGCAGCUUAUUGUGAAGAUGAGGGUGGCUUCCUAGUUGAACAGACUGUUCAAAGAAGAGAACAACUUGUGUACACAUAGUAUUCACUACCUUGGAUCAGAAGAUGAACCCAACCAAUCCUUUCAGUGGGCAGCAGCCUGGGGUUUUUCCAGCAUCUUCCAGUAGUUCCAUAGGAACAUUUCAGGCUAAGCCGCCAUUUCGAUUUGGUCAGCCCUCGCCUUUCGGACAAAGCAAUACGUUAUCUGGGAAAACGUCAGGAUUUUCACAGGUAUCCAGCUUUCCAACAUCUUCGGGAGUAAGUCAUUCUUCUUCAGCACAAACAUUAGGAUUUUCCCAGACCUCAAAUGUUGGACUGUUUUCAGGACUUGAACACACUCCAGCCUUUGUAGCUGCCUCUGGGCCUUCAAGUUCGUGUGUGCCUGGAAACCCAGGAUUUAGUUUUAAAUCAUCCAACUUUGGGACUUUCCCAAGUACUUCUACAUUUGGACCAGAAACUGGAGAAAUAACAAGCUCUGGUUUUGGGAAAACAGAAUUUAGCUUUAAACCUCUGGAAAAUUCAGUGUUCAGACCAAUAUUGGGGGCUGAAUCUGAGCCUGAGAAAACUCAGAGUCAAAUUACUUCUGGAUUUUUCACAUUUUCUCACCCCAUUAGUAGCGGACCUGGGGGACUGGCACCAUUUUCUUUUUCUCAGGUGACAAGUACAGCUAGCAAUUCAAAUUUCACCUUUUCAAAACCAGUUAACAGUAAUAAUUCAUCAUCUGCCUUUGCCUCUGCUUUGUCAAACCAAAAUGUAGAGGAAGAGAAGAGAGGCCCUAAAUCACUAUUUGGAAGUUCUAAUAGUAGCUUCACUAGCUUCCCCAUAUCUUCAGGGUCUCUGGGAGAACCCUACCCGGUUAGCAAAACCGGGGUCAGACAAGGAUGUGAAGAAGGUAUAUCCCAAAUGGAGCCACUUCCCAGCCUCAUGAAAGGACUGAAAAGGAAGGAGGACCAGGAUCGCUCCCCAAGGAGGCAUGGCCAUGAUGGAGCAGAAGAUGUGGACGCUCUGUCUAGGGGAGAUCAUCCCCCAGAUAAACGACCUGUCCGCCUGAAUCGACCCCGGGGAGGCACCUUGUUUGGUCGAACGAUACAGGAUGUCUUCAAAAGCAAUAAAGAAGUAGGUCGUCUUGGCAACAAGGAAUCUAAAAAGGAAGUUGGUUGUACUGAGUCCGCGGAAAAUGACCCUGUGGCCAUCCCAGGAGGGAGUCAGUCUUCCUCAGCACUUUCCCGGCUCCCAGGUGUGAAGGAGGAGGAAACUGAAAGUAGAGAUAAAAAAGAAGAUUCUCUAAGAGGAACACCUGGGCGUCAAAGUAAAAGAAGCGAGAGCACAGACAGUCUUGGAGGCUUGUCUCCUGCUGAAAUCACAGCUAUCCAGUGCAAGAACAUCCCUGACUAUCUCAACGACAGAACCAUUUUGGAGAAACACUUUGGUAAAAUUGCUAAAGUGCAGCGCAUCUAUACCAGGCGCAGCAAAAAGCUUGCCGUGGUAUAUUUUUUUGAUCAUGCAUCUGCAGCCCUGGCUAGGAAGAAGGGGAAAAGUCUGCAUAAGGACAUGGCUGUCUUUUGGCACAAGAAGAAACUGAGUCCCAAUAAGAAGCCCUUUUCCCUGAAGGAGAAGAAGCCAGGUGACGGUGAAACUGGCCAGGGCCCGGAGGACGCAUCCUUUCAGCACUCCCCUCUUAGCAAGCCUGUGGGGAGGGCUGCAGCUGUCAGCCUCCUGAGUAAAAGCUCUCCCGUGAAGAAGCCAAGUCUUCUAAAGACCCAUCAGUUUGAGGGAGACCCUUUUGAUUCGGGCUCUGAGGGCUCCGAGGGUCUUGGGCCAUGUGUGUCAUCUCUUAGCGCCCUGAUAGGCACCGUGGCUGAGACAUCUGAGGAGAAGUACCGCUUGCUUGACCAGAGGGACAGGAUCAUGCGACAAGCUCGGGUAAAAAGAACUGACCUGGACAAAGCAAGAACUUUUGUUGGAACGUGCCCAGAUAUGUGUCCUGAGAAGGAGCGGUACAUGCGGGAGACCCGGAGCCAGCUGAGCGUGUUUGAAGUGGUCCCAGGGACUGAUCAGGUGGAUCACGCAGCAGCCGUGAAGGAGUACAGCCGCUCCUCUGCUGAUCAGGAAGAGCCCCUGCCGCAUGAGCUUCGGCCCUCGGCAGUGCUCAGCAGGACCAUGGACUACUUGGUGACCCAGAUCAUGGACCAGAAGGAGGGCAGUCUGCGGGACUGGUACGACUUCGUGUGGAACCGCACACGGGGCAUUCGGAAGGACAUCACACAGCAGCACUUGUGUGACCCUGUGACGGUAUCCCUGAUUGAGAAGUGUACUCGGUUCCAUAUCCACUGUGCUCACUUCAUGUGUGAGGAGCCCAUGUCCUCUUUUGAUGCCAAGAUCAACAAUGAGAACAUGACCAAGUGCCUUCAGAGUCUGAAGGAGAUGUACCAGGACCUAAGAAACAAGGGUGUGUUCUGUGCCAGCGAAGCAGAGUUCCAGGGCUACAAUGUUCUGCUCAAUCUCAAUAAGGGGGACAUCCUAAGAGAAGUACAACAGUUCCAUCCUGCUGUUAGAAAUUCCUCCGAAGUGAAAUUUGCUGUUCAGGCUUUUGCUGCAUUGAACAGUAAUAAUUUUGUGAGAUUUUUCAAACUGGUCCAAUCGGCUUCUUAUCUGAACGCAUGUCUUUUACAUUGUUACUUUAAUCAGAUCCGCAAGGAUGCUCUCCGGGCGCUCAACAUAGCGUACACCGUGAGCACGCAGCGCUCCACCGUCUUUCCCCUAGAUGGCGUGGUGCGCAUGCUGCUCUUCAGAGAUUGUGAGGAGGCCACAGACUUCCUGAACUACCACGGUCUCACUGUCUCUGAUGGCUGUGUUGAGCUGAACCGGUCCUCGUUCCUGGAACCAGAGGGGUUAUCCAAGGCCAGGAAGUCGGUGGUUAUUACCAGGAAGCUGACAGUGUCGGUUGGGGAAAUCGUGAAUGGAGGGCCAUUGCCCCCCAUCCCUCGUCACACUCCCGUGUGCAGUUUCAACUCCCAGAACAAGUACGUUGGGGAGAGCCUGGCUGCGGAGCUGCCCACAGGCACUCAGAGACCCGGCUUGGACUCAGGUGAGGGGAAAGGAGAGGCGUGUGGUACAGAGGCAGAUGUGCCCCCACCUGCUCUCCAGCAGCCUCUUCCCAUCCCUGCACCCACACCAGCUUCUCUGCCUCACCUCCCGGCACCAACUCCGAGCACAGUGCCUGGCCUCUUCCAGCCACCUGUGCAGGCCCCCCUGCCGCCCCCUGUGCAGCCUGAGUUGCUUCCUCCGAGGCCUGCACCUGCAUACUCUGAUGCGGACCUGGCUCAGGUGGUGGAUGAGCUCAUCCAGGAGGUUCUUCAGAGAGACUGUGAGGAGGUUGGCGCCGCUGGAGCGGCCUUUGCGACCACAGCGCUGGGUGUUUCCAAUGCUGCUAUGGAGGAGCUGUUAACAGCUGCAACCACAGGCAUUUUGAGGCACAUUGCAGCUGAGGAAGUGUCUAAGGAAAGGGAGCGAAAAGAGGAGGAGAGGCGGCAGGCUGAAGAGGAAAGGUUGAAACAAGAGAGAGAACUGGUGUUAACUCAGCUGAGCCAUGGCCUGGCUACAGAGCUGACAGAACUUGUGGUGACAGAAUGCGUGAGGGAAACCUGUUCCCAGGAGUUGAAGAAUGCAGUGGAGACAGACCAGAGAGUCCGCAUGGCCCGUUGCUGUGAGGAUGUCUGUGCUCACCUGGUGGACUUGUUUCUUGGGGAGGAAAUUUUCCAGACUGCAAAGGAGACCCUCCAGGAACUGCAGUGCUUCUGCAAGUAUCUCCAGCGGUGGAGGGAAGCCGUCGCAGCCCGGAAAAAACUGAGGCGCCAGAUGCGGGCUUUCCCUGCAGCGCCUUGCUGUGUGGACAUGAACAACCGCCUGAAGGCAUUGGCACCCAGUGCAGAGUGCCCCAUUGCUGAGGAGAAUCUGGCCAAGGGCCUCCUGGAUCUGGGCCAUGCAGGGAAACUGGGCAUCUCCUGCACCAGGUUACGGUGGCUCAGGAACAAGACAGUGCACCAGAUGAAGGUUCAGCACUUUCACAAGCAACUGCUGAGUGAUGCAGCAUGGACACCCCUGGACCUGCCAUCCCUCGUGGCCAAGUACCUCCCUGGAAGGUGGGAGCGUGUGUUUUGGAAGCUGGUGCUGGUGUUGCCUGAUGGAGAAGAGCAGUCCCCAGGGAGUCCUGGCAGAAUUUUAGCAAACUGGUUACAAGUCAAGUUCAUGGGAGGUGAUGGCUCAGUGGGUGACACAGGCACCAUGGCUGGGGGAAUUCAGACGCUUGCGCUGUUUCACGCUCUCAGCAGCAAAGGGGAUCAGACAGUCGCUGUCAAUGUGUGUAUAAAGAUGUUGUUCCAGGUGGCUCACGGUGCUCUCAGCGACUGCGCCCUUGAUGCUGUGGAGACGCAGAAGGAGCUCCUGGGAGCCAGUGGGCUCAUGCUGCUGCUUCCCCCCAAAGUGGAGAGUGAGGACAUGGCGGAGGAGGACGUGUACUGGCUGUCUGCGUUGCUACAGCUCAAGCAGCUCCUGCAGGCCAAGCCCUUCCAGCCUGCACUUCCACUUGUGGUCCUUGUACCUAGCCCAGGAGGGGAUGUCAUGGAGAAGGAAGUGGAAGAUGGUCUGAUGCUACAGGAUUUGGUUUCAGCUAAGCUGAUUUCAGAUUAUACCGUUAUUGAGAUUCCUGAUUCCAUUAAUGACUUACAAGGCACAACUAAGGUUUCACGGGCUGUGCAGUGGCUGGUCUCCCACUGCCCCUGUUCCCUUGACCUUUGCUGCCAGACCCUCAUUCAGUACGUGGAAGAUGGGGUUGGCCGUGAGUUUAGCGGCCGGUUUUUCCAUGACAGAAGAGAGAGGCGGCAGGGCGGCCUGGUCUCACAGGAGCCUGGAGCCAUCAUUGAGCUGUUCAACAGUGUGCUGCACUUCCUGGCCUCCCUGGUGUCAUCUGAACAGCUGUGCGACCUGUCCUGGCCUGUCACUGAGUUUGCCGAAGUAGGGGGCAGCCGGCUGCUUCCUCACCUUCACUGGAAUGCCCCGGAGCAUUUGGCCUGGUUAAGGCAGGCUGUGCUUGGCUUCCAGCUUCCACAGAUGGACCUUCCACCCCCGGGGGCGCCCUGGCUCCCCGUAUGCUCCAUGGUGGUCCAGUAUGCCUCCCAGAUCCCCAGCUCUUGCCAGACUCGGCCUGUCCUCCAGUCCCAGGUGGAAAACCUGCUCCGCAGAACCUACCGCAGGUGGAAGAGCAAGAGCCAUUCGCUGGGCCAGGGGGCAGGGCCCUCGGUUGCCGAGAUCCCAUGGGAUGACGUAAUUGCCUUGUGCAUCAACCACAAGCUGAGGGACUGGACACCCCCUAGGCUUCCUAUCACAUCAGAGGCUCUGAGUGAAGAUGGUCAGAUAUGUGUAUAUUUUUUUAAAAACCACUUGAAAGCAUAUGAUGUUCCUUUGUCAUGGGAACAAGCCAGAAUGCAGACACAGAAGGAGCUACAUCUGAGUCAUGGGCGUUUGGGGAUAAAGUCUUUGCAUCCGUCUGCAAACAAGUUUCCUGCUCCGAUACUGCACAUGCACUGGAAAGGGAAGAGGAAUGUAGAGCAUGGCCCAGAGGGGCGGGCUCCCAGCACCCAGGAUCUGAUGCGUGGAGCCUCUGCCCAGGAGCUCCUGGCCCAGUGUCUGUCCCGGAGUCUGCUGCUGGAGAAAGAGGAGAGCAAGAGGUUUGAAGAUCAGCUUCAGCAGUGGUUGUCUGCAGACGCAGGAGUGUUUACAGAUUCAACAUCCCUUCCCCUCUACCUUCCUCAGACCCUGGUGUCUCUGCCUCAGACUAUUGAACCUGUGAUGAAGACAGUGACCACUACCAGCCCUCAGGUUCUUUUUUAUUUAAAUAGAAUGAAAGGCCAAGGGAGCAACUGCAGUUGUCAGAGGCAACAGGCACAUCUGUGACUGAACGGCUCAAGCACCUGGAAAGGCUGAUGCAGAGUUCAAGGGAGGAGGAAGUUGCCUCUGAGCUCCAUCUCUCUGCACUGCUGGACAUGGUGGACAUUUGAGCUACGGGACCUGAGAGAGUGAGAGUCUCCCGAAGAUUUUUGCUUUUACUCGAAAUAAUGUUCUUCUCAGAUGUUUGAUGCACUGUUGGAAAUGUGAUUAUUAAUCAUGCAAAUAAACCAUUUGAGUGUCUAAUGAGGCCAUCCCAA